GUCUGUUGGUUGGGGCUGGAACUUUUGAGUGCAGUAGACGCAGCGGAGGUACCAGCUAAAGAAAGAGGCACGAUGCACUACUACCGCUAUGAGGCUGCUGAGGUCAGUUGCUGUUACAAGUACCUCAUGUUCAGCUACAACAUCAUCUUCUGGCUGGCUGGGGCAGCAUUCAUUGCCAUCGGUCUCUGGGCCUGGAGUGAGAAGGGGGUGCUGCUGGACCUCACCCAGGUGACGCGGAUGCACGGCUUUGAUCCCGUGUGGCUGGUGCUCUUGGUGGGCGCCAUCACCUUCAUUCUGGGUUUUGCCGGUUGCGUGGGGGCACUGAGGGAGAACAUCUGCCUUCUCAAGUUUUUCACCGGUCUCAUCAGCAUCAUCUUCUUCCUGGAGCUGACAGCAGCUGUCCUAGCAUUCGUCUUCCAGAACCCGCUAAAGGAGUGGAUUAACGAUUUCUUCUUGACAAACAUCAAAGGAUACCGGGAUGACGCAGAUCUGCAGAACCUCAUAGAUUCUCUGCAGAAACUGAACCAAUGCUGUGGGGCCCAAGGUCCUGAAGACUGGGAUAGGAACAUUUACUUCAACUGUUCCCAAAGUAAAAGUGUUGAGAGAUGCGGAGUGCCUUUCUCCUGCUGCAUUAGAGACCCGGCUGAGAAGGACGUGGUGAACACCCAGUGUGGUUAUGGAGUCCGAGAUAGAAAGUUCACAGGCAAACUGGACACCGUCAUUCACACGAGAGGUUGCAUAACAGCCAUGGAGCAGUGGCUUCCCCGCAACAUCUACAUAGUGGCGGGAGUCUUCAUCGGCAUCUCCAUUCUGCAGAUGGUGGGUGUCUACCUGGCGCGAGCGCUCAUCUCGGACAUCGAGCGAGUCAAGUUCCACUACUGAUUUGGGUGUGGCCCCUGCUUCGCGGACUCGGUCACGGCAGCCAGUAUUCAGAUGAACCCUGCCUUUUGAACUCUUGAAACUCGAUCAGCAGACUAUAAAUGCCCUCGCUAUGUGGUCGCCUUCAUCUUGUAAUGUUCUCAAGGAACUUUACCCUCUCUGCAAGUCGUUCUGGACUCGCUUUCUACCUCCCUGGCCCACACUGUUGAUAAAAUACACACAUUGGGAAGCAUGCUUUCGCUCCUCUCCCUGGCUCAGUAAACACAGGUCUAAUUGAAAGUGAUCCCCGAGCUUUAAAGGCCUGCCUGCUGACUACCUGAAUGCCAGUCUCCCAUUGGCCGCCUGCUCUUCCUCACCCUUCGCCAGCUGCGGUGGUUCAGUUUCCCCUUUCAACAUCUCUCCACCCCAUCAGUGGUGCCGGUGUCAUAGACCUCUGGCACAUUCCAGAAUCACAGUGAAGGAGACGGACCCAGCUAUAGCACGGAGGCGUGUGUGAGCUCACCAGGGUGUGAUUCUGACUCCUGUUUCCCCUCAGUCAUUUACUCACUGUGUCCCCCAUGCAGGAUAUGAGGCUGAGGGCCAAUGAAGUUCACACAUGAAGUAUUUAGUAAUCAGUAUUUAAUACAUUUAACCCCCUUUUCCAUCUAGCUGCCGACUGAGCCAUAUUAUUUUCAACACCAAAGAGAUGCAUAGUGGAGUGUCAGCCCAGUGUGUGACAUAAGUAGUACUUUCUACCGCCUCUGCUGAGUAAUGUUGAGCUAUGACUAAUCGACAGCAAUUGUUUUUACUGUUAGCUGUAAACUUGAACAUGGACUUCUGUGGCAGUGUACACACCCUCACACAAACAUUAAGUGCCUUGUCAGUGAGAAGUUGGUCGGUAAAUCAUAGUUUGCAAGACCCUCUCGAAAGGCGUCUUCCUCAAAUGCUGCAAUGCACUGGUGCCUUGGAUCCAAUUCUUAACAUUCCUUUCCCAUGAUGAACUUCUGUGGGGAGAAGAUGAGCAAGAGAGGCAUGCUUUGCUGGAGGAUUCGUUACUUUCUUCUCUUGUCUGUUUUUAAAUGUUGAAUGUUUUUUUUGCACCGUUUUGUAUGUAAUUAAAAGCUUUUAUAAUUUU